AUGCUACGACUACCUCCAAUAAUACUAUCUUGUCUGGUGCUUCUUGAAGUCCUACAGUCUUGCCAUGGAUUGAGUUCAAAGUCAGCCACUCCAGCAACUCUGGACUUUGCGACCAUACGUUUGGCAUCCACAGGAGCCUCUCAGUUGGCCAUUGUGGACGGCGGUGAAUGGUCUACGGUUCAAGCCCUGCUGCAAAGAGAAGGUCGUCUUCCGAAGCGUACCUAUACCAAACGUGGAUACAUGAAGAUUGUCACGGGCAAGGAUGAAGAAGGUCAACGGGUGAUUGGCAUGUUGCACCAGACAUCAGUGAAUGGCAAUGAAUCUUCCUCAACAACACAAGUCUUUGAAGAUUCCGUCGCCACGAUUCCAGCCAAAGUUUCCGACAAGGACGCCAUUUCCACUUAUAUAUCGGCCUUGUCGACCAUUCAUUGUGCCUUGCCCCAGCAAAAGGCAAUUGGGGGCAGUACCGAUGCCGCCAUGAUUAAUCGCAAGGUGGUCGUUUUGGGAAGCAAUCCUCUGGCCUGCUUUGCGGCGGAGGGAUUGGCCAGUUUGGGUUUGGAGGUUUCGCUCGUCAGCACGGGGAAUCCAAAAGUGAAUGCUAAAAAUGGUGCUGGAAAGGUCCAAAUACUAAAACCAGCCGUCGGAGAGGAUGAAGUUGGAUUCGCUUCGCAUAUUGGAGAAUUUGAUUCCCUCGUGGAUACCAUUAGCAAUGAACUCAAGGGCAAUUUCCUAAUGCCCACCGUAGUGGGUGACGACGACGACGACGCCGAAAAUGACGAAGCACCCUUUGGAUCUUCCAUUUUGGGUUUGCUCAAAAGUCGUCACAAUUGUAUGAGGUACAUUUCGACGGAAACGGAAUGCCAAAAGAUUGUCGCCAAGGCUGGCAUCUUUGGAGGUCCCGGCAAGGCGGACGACUAUUGCAAAAAUGUGGCCAAUCCAGGAUUCGAAUCCAAACAAGAUUACACCGCCAUUCCACCACCCCAAGACAUUGGUAACUCCAUGACGGCCUUGCUGGAGAACGGAGUCCUCUUUUCGCAGUCGGAACGAAAAAAGUUAUAUGCCAAAUCGGAUGUUGUCCGGGGAUGGUCUUUGGCGGACUUUUGGGAAAAUACCCGAUGGCCACGAGAUGCUUCCGGAAAUGCGGAUGUCAGAUUUGGUCUACCCGUGAUUAGUUAUGAAGAGGAGGAGGAAGAGACGGAACAGGCCGAAUUGAUGGCCCGAAUGGGAGAUCAGCCAUCCAAUUUUGAACGUUUGGCGGCCAGGAAAUUGAACCACGCCGAACCUUCCGGAGAGGCACCGCAACCAGCCCAAAACAAUCCGCACGUCUAUCAAAUCAAUGGUGUGAGUGGAGUAAACAACGCUAUUGUUUCUACCAAAAAGAACUGCAUCCUAUUUCUGUCGGCGAGAUUCUGUCAAACUUGCAAACGGUUGGAUCCCAAGUAUACCCGCCUCGCCAGGAUUGAAAAGGACAAUGAUUCCCCUGUCCUCUUUGCCAAGGCCGAAAUGGGAAGUGCCUGGGGAAAGCAAUUGGGUCGCCAUUUGCAUGUGGACGCAGUUCCUGCCUUUGUCUUGUUUCGAGAGGGCAAACAAUUUGGUGAUGCCAUCUCCAUAUCCGACUUGCCUUCGGAUAAAAUUGAAAAGGCUUUGGAUUUGUUGGAAUCGGAUAAGGAAUGGGAUCCUCAAAUUGCCAAAUGA